ACGGUGCGACUGCGUUGUUAUUGAUUGUUUACUCAACGCUUUGAUCAAUUGUGAAAAUGCAUUUAGUGAAACAAAACUCGUAUUUUAUGUUAUUUUACUUAUUCAAUGAUUUAAUUUGAUCUCAAUAUAAAUAAGUAAAUGCCAGAUUUAUCAAAUUAGAUUCGGAUCUUGUUUUUUUUUUUUUAUUUAAAAGUGGCGCAGAAUUAUACAGUAACCUGCUUGUGAAUACAACUUUUUCAUUUAUAUUAUAAGUCAGUAGUGAUAUGAACUGUACUUGGAUUAUGAACAAACGUUUUCUUUUCUCCAAUUUGGAAUAGGUACUACGUCAACAAUGAACAAACAGUUUGAAGUAACCGCUUCAAAUCGAAAAAAUAAGAUUUACGAAUACGAAUCCGUGGAUUUGGCAAAAACAUUUCCAGAAUGGAAAUCGCCUCUUCUUUCUGUUCACUAUAUGUACAUACAAACUUACUUGGAGUUGAUUAACGCGAAGAAAAAAUUAGACGAGAAAGAAAAAGAAGUGGAAUUUUAUAAUACAGAAAUGACGAAUAAAUGGAUAGAAUUGAGGAAAAAGCAAGAAGAUUUUCUGAAUGAUGUGAAAAAUUACAAUACGUUUUUCAUGGAAAAUGAGAAUAAACGUCAAAGGAUUCAGGAGAAAAUGCUAUCCGAAAUAAAAUUUCAAAAAAAAUGUAAACUCGAUAUGCUCGACGCGAAAAAACGAAUUGAAUGUUUGGAUCAACUUGAAAGUGACAUGAAACAUCGGGUCAAUUCCUUGCAACCAUAUCACGAUUACUUGACGGACAUAACAAACAAAACAGAACGUUUCGACGAUGUCAGCGUCCUGAUCAAUUAUUAUGUCUUGCUAAAUUCUGAAACCAAGUUACAAGAAACUUUCAUUGCAAACCUACUUGAAAGUGAACGAUCACAUACUCAAUUGCUAAAAAGUUUGAAAACGAAAAUGAACUCGCUCAAUCAGGAACGUAGUAAAUCUUUGGAGCUUAAAAAAGAUUAUCUGAAUAAAACCAAUGAUCUGAAUGAAUGUGACGAAAGACUGAAUCAAAAAAAGUCUCAAGCAAAUGUCACCGCUUCGGAAAAUAUAUACAUGAAACAAGCCUGCGAUAAUAUUUUUCAAAAAUUAUGUAACUGGAAAAGAAAACGUGCCUUGCAAAUGACCGACAAUGAAAAACUGAUUUUUAUUGAAAAUACAAUUAAUGAAUUGAAAAAUGCAGUGCAGCUAGCUUAUGAAUUAAGCUAUAAAGAUGAUAUUUCCAACAAAACGGACUCUUCUUUUAUAACGCAAAAGAGAUUACUCUGAAGAAGUACUCGCCAAUUAGGUACAUUAUUUUUGUGAUGUGUUAUUUGUUAUUAAAUAAAACUUUAAAAAUGAAAAUACAUUCUGAAUGUUGUCCAGUUA